CUGUCAAUUUGACCUUAAAAGGUUUUUGUGUUUAAGAGUAGUUUUAUAUAUUUAGUUUUACACUGAGAUGGAGUUUGAAAUGCUUUUCGAUAAAUGUUUACCUAAAAAUUACGAAGUUGUUCUACGAAAUAUAGAUUUGUUCUUACUCCAGCUAGGGUAUCUUUUUUAUUUCACAUAGUAUAGCUUCGAAUUAACAGUUACCGAAGACCUAUCUAUAGUUAGAAUAUAAUUAAUAGUAACACAGCUCUAAGACGCGAAAUUAGAACAAUAUUAAUUAUUCAGUGAUCUAUCACUAACUCUCACACUUUCCAUGAACCUAAGAGCUAAAAUAUAGAAUAUCUGCUUUGGAACCUAGAACCUGACAAUACAUUGGAUUCAUAAGGCAUCAAAACCUCGAUAUGAUUUGUAUAAGAGUAGCUUAAAAGCUGCCUAAAAUUAGUUUUGCCCAUUCAAUUUUUUUGGGUUAGAGAAAUCAGAUUUUCCACACAAGUGAGGGUUAAGAAGUUCUUUCAUGCAAUUAACCUUGGAAUCGAAAUUUGAAAGAUGUCUUCUAAAACUCCGCUUGGGCAGAAGAGUUGACUGCAAAGAUUGAUCUAUCAGCGGUUACCCGUGCAAGGACCAGCUACACAGUUUGUAACUUGAUUCGGUUAUUGCAGGAGUCACUAAACUCUCUCAUUACAAAAAACAUUGCACAUUACUAUCGUGGGUAAUAAGAGAAUAGAAUACAUAGCUAAACUCAAAUAAUAUAAAACCUUUAUAUUUUGCUUACGAAAGAACCAAUACCAUUACGAUGGUACUAUUGCAAAAAGGACACCGUACGUUUAAACCUGAUAGAAAACAGGCAAUCCCUAAGGUAGAACGUCAAGCACACAAAAGAUGAAGACCGCCUCUUGUGAUAUUAAACAAGACAACGCAUUCUUUGUUGAAAGUUAAUUAUCAAUAAUGAAUCAUCUGGAAGGAUAACAAUUAUUCGGGCAUUUUCGGUUGAAAAAUAGAACUUGGGAAAAUAUAACUUGUAGCGUAAAGUUUUCUAACAUUUAGCGUUGGAAAGUUACCAAAAAUAUAUAUUUAGAUGAUUGGAAUAUAUCCUCUUCUUCAAAAUGAGCCCUGAACAAUCCUUAAAAAAGAUCCGAAAGGUAUAAGGUUACACAAUUAUUACAAAAUUACACACAAUUUAAAAACUAAUUAAUAAGGCGAUGGCUUUUACCCAGCAUAGAAACGUAGUUUUCUAUUCUUUUUAUUAACAUAUCACGAUGACAAAUGGCUAUAAACCUGUUGUCGUUCAAGGGAUCUCAGAUUUAAUAAUUCUUUUACGACAUUGCUGAGUAUAUUAUUUACUAUCUUCACCCCACUUAAAAUUUUGAAUUUCGAAUAGAAAAAACCAGAACUGAAACAAUAACUAUGGAUAUUUGAAUAGAUUUUCAUGUCACUUAUUAGAUGUGAGAAAUAACUGAGAAAGGAGAAUGGUUGCGAAACUAUGUGUAGCCGUUAGUAAUGUAGUAGAAUUCACUAUAACUAUCUAAACAAGGAAGAUUUAGCUGUUAUCUUAUAGUGGGUGUAAAUUUGGCUUACUACUUAUUUAUAACUGUGCUCUUAUCACACAAAAAGUAUCCUUCCUUAUCUCCAUAACUAAAUUGGUUUCUUUCCGCUACCAAACAAAGCGAUUAAACUACAUAUAAAAUUGUUUCUAAUGUUAAGAAUCUUAGGAACAUGUCAGCCUGUUUGAUUUGGAUUUGUGUUCCUACAUUGGCAGUUCUGCUGAUAUUUUACAGUUUGACCGAUGUUUCUAAACCCGAUGUCGACGGUGUAAUCGCAUCAACAAUCUGGAGUACCAACACAUUUGGCGCCAGAGCAGCACCAACAUUACAGCUGGUAUUCAUUUUCACCCGUCACGGAAGCAGAGGUCCAACAUUUACCUACCCGAGUUGCCCUUAUCAUCCCCUAAAUACCAACCAUUGGCCUAAUGGCUGGAUGGCGCUCACUGCCAGAGGUCAUGUCCAAAUGUACAAAUUAGGGUUGAAGUUCCGCGCCUUGUACAACGGCUUUCUGGACCGCAUAUAUCAUCCGAAGGACUUCCAAGCCAACAGCACUCUGUUUGCACGGACUAUGAUAAGCGCUGGUCAGUUCCUGGCGGGGUUGUUCCCUUCUCAUGGUUAUCAGUUGUGGAACAAAUAUCUGCCCUGGCAACCUGUGCCGGUAUAUCCUACUUACAAAGAUUACCAAAAGAUCGCUUAUGCCUUGCUGACUACGAAGUGUCCUAGAUUUCAUGAAGCCUGGAACAAGUCUGUGGCAAAAUUUUUUCUCAAAUAUAGGAAAAAUAUUACGGAUCUGCUAGAAUACGCAAAACCUUUCACAAAAAUAGAGUUUGAUGAGUCUUUUAAUGACACUGAGUCGUCUUGGAUGACAAUGUACACGAUGUGGGAGUCUUUCUUUCCGAUAAUUGAAGAAGGAAUUCCGCUACCCAGUUGGAUGGACGAAGUCUAUCAGCGAAACAUGACUUUCUUGACCAGCAAAGCGAUGCGGGCUGCUUCUGUGGGCUCUGACACACAGAUACGAUAUAUAGAAGGUGUAUAUUUUAAGGAAAUUAUGAAUCUGAUGAGCGCGAAGAUCAAGGGUACCCUACGCCCAAACAGGAAGAUGUUCUACUUCUCCGGGCAUGAUUUCACCCUCUUGGGGUUACAAGGAGUCCUGGGAUUGACAUACGAUCCAACUGGCCACCUGGACGCAAGGACGGGAUCUGCCUUAAUAUUCGAGCUCCACAAAGAUCUGCAAACUGAGAAGUUUUACGUUGAGGUAUUGUAUAUAGACGGGUCUUCUCCAGACAAGGAGCCUUUAGAGAUCAACAUCCCGGGCUGUGACUCUCCCUGUGACUUUUAUCUGCUGUUGAACAAAACUGAGAAAUACACCAACAUCACAGAUUGGAAGAGGGAGUGUCAAAUUAUAGACAACUAAGGAAUUCAAUGUUUUGUUUAAAUUACAAACAGACUCAUGUUUAACUAACUUUAUAAUAUAAAAAUAAUAAAAUUAAUAUAAUUCUACACUAGUACUGUUUUAUGUUCAAUUAUCUUUAAGUGAUAAAAUGCUAACUGAAUUAAUAUUAUAUUUUAUAGUUAACGUAUUCAAUAUUUAUUAUAUAUAAUCACAUUUGCAAAAAUGUUUAAAUGAGAUCGUAAUGAAUUAGAUCAUUAUAAUUGAGCUGAUCAGACAAUAUCGAUUAGUUCUGGUAUUGCAUUUUUUUUCAAUAGUUCUUACUAUUUGUUCAAAGAAAUAUUGUUUAUUCUAACUGAAUUUGUAAAAUAUAGCUUAGACAGAAUGAACCAAUACAAGUAUAAUAAUAAUUAUUACAUCUUUAAAAUAAUAUAGCAUGAACUGUAAAAUUCUGUAUAUAUUUCUAAAAACAUUUAUACAAGUAUGAAAUAGUUGUAACAGAUGAAUUACACUAA